AUGAAGAGAAAGAAGGGUACAUCGACAGCAGAAUCAAGUUUCCCAAAUAUUAUUAUUCCAGAAGAAAUCAUUGUCGAAAUACUGUCACGAUUAUCCCUCGAUUCUCUUGUUCGAUUCACUUUGGUUUCCAAGCAAUGGCGUUCUUUGAUCUCUGACAUUUCCGUCGCAAAAACUGGCCCACCGAUAGUUCUCGUCCUGUCCGACUCGGGAGCAAGAGCAUAUUCCUUUUCACCCCACUCCAUUGACCAACACCAACAGGAAGUACUUCACACGAAAAGCGUUCGUGUUCCAUGGAACAUGAAUGCAUUCGUUAACAGGUACAAGAUUCGACUCCUGGGAUCGUGUAAGGGUUUGUUGCUCAUGCAUGCCAGCGAGGAUUUGUUCUUGAGGAAUCCACUAACUAGAUUCUUCAAGAAAGUGCUAGCAUUUGACCGGUUGCGUGAUGAGAACUACCGUGUUCGUUCGGGUCUCUGCUAUGACUCCACGAGUGAUGAGUACAAGGCCGUUCUUGCCCUUGCUCACAACACUCCAAGUUACGGAGGUGAAUUUGUAGUGGUUGGUCGCCUCAGAGGUAAAAGUUGGAGAGCGAUUCACUUCCCGUAUAGGGUACGUACAGCGAAUUCAGGGCCUAUAGUCAAUGAAAAUCUUCAUUGGUAUGCCUCUAAGAAUGAUUCAGGUAGUUAUUUCCUUUCACCCCACCAAAUUAUUUACUUUGAUGCACAUAUGGAUAAAUUCGAGGAGGUACCGAUGCCAGAUCCUAGAGGUGAGGACGGAGAUGUCAUUUGUGGAUUGGGAGCUUUGGAUGGAUGCCUUUGUAUGUUCCGCUGCAACGGUGAAAAUAGUGUUGAGCUAUUAGUAAUGAAAGAGUAUGGUGUGCAAAACUCUUGGACUAGUAUUAUUGCUGUUUCAGAUGGUUUGACCUCUAGUCGUUAUUAUAAGAAGUUGGCGCCACUAGGUUAUACAAAGAAUGGCGAAAUUCUAACUUGGGGUUGGGAUUCACACGGUUGGCAUAUAAUUAGGGCAUUCGAUCGGACUGACAAUUCCCAUAGGAGAAUUUCAAAUCCAAAGGAUCGUUUAUAUGUAACUGCAUAUGAGGAAAGUUUCAUUACACCUACCGACUAUAAUUGGGAAGAGGAAGUCCAGAGAAGGGAAGCGACAUAUGUGGAACAUAUUUAUCGCUCGCGGAAAAAGAAAAUGAACAAGAAUGGUUACUGGACCACUGAAUACAUAAAAUCUUGA